AUGGAGCUGGUUAGCGUACCAUAUGAGGCAGAACGUCACAAAGCAGAGGUUACCAAGGAGGACCGGGAUGAUGAUAUACCUCUCGGUCGCGAGGACAUAAUCGUAGCGAGUUUCGUCAGCUAUCCCCUCGAUCAACCAGCCGAUCUACUAGUAGCUCGACAAUUUGACAUCUACCUGGGCUACCUCCUUAUCGUAUCUGGUACCAGUCCUUGGGAAGGCCAUAUAUUGUAUGUACAUAGGUUUACAUUCGAAACAGUCGAAGAAGAGCGAGGAGCGCGGUCUCGAAACGCCCACACUGUCCAGCGCACGACUUCCCUUUCCCUUCCAACCUCCCCCCCAGUCACACGCAGUGUGCACAGUUUCGGCCUAGGAUUCAAGCCCGCCUCAAGGCGGUUUGACGAGAAUCAAGUCUUCUGGAAUGCCAAUAUACCUUACUCUGACGAGAGGGUGACUUCGGCCUGUACUGACUGGCUUGAUGAGCGAGCUCUUGACGCUAGAAUUACUUUUGAAAAGGAAGAGCAAGCUGUGAGAAAAAAGCGAGAUGGCGAAGCGAAAGGGCAGAGCGCGAUGACAGCUCAAGUCUUUGAAGACGCUAGCAAAGCAGCCCGCGGUUUGCAACGUGUGGUGAGCCAAAGCGGAGAUGUCCAUGCGUUAUCUGAAUUCAACUCUUUGAUCCAAGCAUUGGGGCAGCUUUCCGCAGAGCUGCACUUGAAGAGAAAUGGAAGGGACGAGGUGCCGGAGGCACAGCUCAGGGCGACUGUUGCUACUUGGGCAGGAUGGAGGGCGUUUGACGUGGCAACUGGUAAUGCGAGUUUGGAUGAUGUGCGCUCGUUUUGGGACCAUCAUGAAGCUGAAAAGAGGGUGACUUCUCAGAAUCAUGAGUUGCCCGCGGUGUUCACUGGGGUGUAG